GUAAAACAUUAGGCUUCCGGCCUACUAUAUAGCCGCGAGUCAUGAUACACACAUAUUUCAGCUGAUCCAACAGUGGACGGCAGUUACCUCCAUGGAGCGCAAUUUGCGCCUAGGCUUCGCGCUUCUAUGCCUGGGUUUUAUCACUGGGUCUGUUAGUAUCUUACUGCUUUUUGACAGAUUUUUCCUCAAUGUAUCAAAUGUGUUUGUGGUAUCAGGUCUUUACUGUAUACUAGGAACUCGCAAAUUCAUCGCAUUCUUCACGAGUACCAGCAGGAUCAAGGGGACGAUUAUAUACUUCCUAGGCAUACUUGGAGUCAUCUGUGGAUGGUCUAAAAUAGGCUUCAUCUUCGAAACUUACGGUGUAUACUUGCUUUUUGGCGCUUUCCUACCGAAUAUUAUAUCGUACAUCCGUGUUACACCGUUUAACUUUGUUUUGGACUUGCCUGUUAUAAAAACUGUUGUGGCAUAUCUACAGGAGAAAUCUUCAUUGCCACUAUGAAUUAAAAGGAUAUGGAACAUUUAUUGCUGCAUUUAAAAUGCCAUGAGAUGCCAAUGCAUCUUCCAGAUGCUGUGAAAAAGAUCUGACAAUGCAACGUACGCUAGGAUACACGGGAUUCGUGCACUUUGCUUUGUGUUUGAAGUCGAUUGUAGUGAUAUGUUGAGUAACAACCAGUCACUUAGAUGUGAUACUGAAGCGCAAUACCCAGGUAGACAGCCGUGGUGCCAUGGUUUUGAAUCCCACGACAAUGGAAACACAGUAGAACUGUAUCUAUUAUAUAGAAUGCCUUUUAUAUUUGAGAUUGACUACGUCAUUCAUAUAUGAAGGCUCACAGUUCAUAGGGCUAUGUAUGCACGAGCACUUGAUUGCUGUAUUGAUACCACUGUUUGGGGCUUUUCAAAGACUCUAGUACACCUUUUAUACCUAUGACGCCGACAAAGGCCCACUGUAAGGUUAUGUUUAAAACCUGUUGAUGAAAAUUGUGGUAUAUGGCAAUAAUAUAUUGGAUGUGAAAGGGCUGGGUUCAUUGUAGACAGCAUCUCUUUGCAGGCAAUGGACGUAUCAUAUUUCCUGCAGCAAAUGACAGUGUCCGUAGCUAUCAAAAAACGCGACAUCGCUAGGGGUUAUUGCAGUGAACUUCGUUUCAUUGUUAUAAAUAUAAUAGCAUAACUCUACUAUCAAAUGACACUACAAAAAACUGACAGUUUAUUUUGAAAUUGUAUAGCAUCGCU